GUCUGAUUUUCGGUCUGUCUGGUCUCCAGCUCAUCUGCGUCUGGUUGUCUGGUUCAAGCAAGCAGUGAUCUUCCAAAGCAGACACCUCCAGGGACUGCAGCCUUUGGUCUGAGGAGUCAUGGGGCUGGUACGGGCUUACCCAUUUGCCCUGCAUGUGCUGGCUGUUAUGUGCCUCAUUAUCAGCACAUGGAGCCUCAACCCCGAUGACCCCAAUGUCUGCAGCCACUGGGAGAGCUAUGCAGUGACCGUUCAGGAGUCCUACGCUCAUCCUUUUGACCAGAUCUACUACACCAGGUGCACUGACAUCCUCAACUGGUUUAAAUGCACCAGACACAGGACCAGCUACAAGACUGCUUACCGGCGCGGGGUCAGGACCAUGUACCGGCGCCGAUCACAAUGCUGCCCUGGCUACUUUGAAAGUGCAGACUUGUGCGUCCCUCACUGUACUGAGGAGUGUGCCCACGGUCGCUGUGUAUCUCCUGAUACGUGUCAGUGCGAGCCAGGCUGGGGAGGACUGGACUGCUCUAGUGGUUGUGAAAGUGGCCACUGGGGGCCCCACUGCAGCAACCGCUGCCAGUGCAAGAAUGGGGCCCUGUGUAACCCCAUCACAGGAGCCUGUGUAUGCACAGACGGCUACCAAGGCUGGCGCUGUGAGGAUCAGUGUGAGCCUGGAUACUAUGGCAAGGGCUGCCAGCUGCAAUGCCAAUGCCUCAAUGGGGCCACCUGCCACCAUGAGACGGGGGAAUGCAUAUGUGCACCAGGCUAUAUGGGCCCGAUCUGUGGAGAGCGCUGUCCCUCUGGAAGCCACGGGCCACAGUGUGAGCAACGUUGUCCUUGUCAGAAUGGAGGAACCUGCCAUCACAUCACUGGCGAAUGCUCAUGCCCAGCUGGAUGGACGGGAUCUGUGUGUGCCCAGCCAUGCCCAUUCGGCAAAUAUGGCAUAAAUUGCAGCAAGGAUUGCUCGUGCCGCAAUGGAGGACUGUGUGACCACAUCACAGGACUGUGCCAGUGUAUGGCAGGAUACAGUGGCCACAGGUGCCAGGAGGAGUGUCCGGUCGGCACCUAUGGUCCCCAAUGUGCUCUUCACUGUGACUGUCAGAAUGGGGCCAAGUGUUACCACAUCAACGGGGCAUGUUUGUGUGAUACAGGAUUCAAAGGGCCUCACUGCCAGGAAAGGUUCUGCCCACCAGGCCUCUACGGCCUCAUCUGUGACAAAUACUGCCCCUGUAACACCACCAACACACUCAGUUGCCACCCUCUGACAGGUGAAUGCUUGUGUACAGCAGGAUGGUCGGGUCUAUACUGCAAUGAGACCUGUCCCCCGGGUUACUAUGGAGAAGGAUGUAGCAUGCCGUGCCAAUGUGCUAAUGGAGCAGACUGUCACAGUUUCACUGGGUCCUGUUUCUGUGCCCCAGGCUACACAGGAGAUGACUGUUCCCAGACCUGCCCUUCAGGACUAUAUGGUACUAACUGCACUUCCAUCUGCCACUGUCACAACCAGGCAUCCUGCUCCCCGAUCGAUGGCUCCUGCAUCUGUAAAGAAGGUUGGCAGGGUAUAGACUGCUCAGUCCUUUGCUCCAGUGGGACUUGGGGUUUGGGCUGUAAUCAGACUUGUUUGUGUGCUAACGGUGCGGCUUGUGAACCAAUAGAUGGCACCUGUACCUGCUCUUCAGGCUGGAGAGGGGAACGCUGCCAGCAGUCCUGCCCUGAUGGCAGAUACGGGCUGGAGUGUCGUGAGCAUUGUGACUGUAACCACGCUGAUGGAUGCGACCCUGUGAGAGGUUUCUGUCGCUGUCUGCCAGGAUGGACAGGGAUUCACUGUGACAGCAUCUGCCCUCAAGGUUUCUGGGGGGCUAACUGCUCAACAACCUGCUCCUGCCAGAACGGAGGCUCUUGCUCUCCCGAAGACGGAACCUGUGUAUGUGCUCCCGGCUUCCGUGGCACUUCCUGCAAGAGAAUUUGCCCUCCUGGUUUCUAUGGGCACCGCUGCAGCCAGUCAUGCCCACAGUGUGUGCACAGUACAGGGCCGUGCCAUCAUGUCACAGGUCACUGUGAGUGUCUGGCCGGCUUUUUCGGCUCGCUUUGCAACCAAGUCUGUCCCAGCGGGAAAUUUGGGAAAGCCUGUGCUGAGAUCUGUCUGUGUACAAACAACGGCACCUGCAACCCCAUUGACGGUUCUUGCCAGUGCUUCCCGGGUUGGACUGGAAACGACUGCUCACAGAUUUGUCCAAUAGGCCAGUGGGGCCCUGACUGCUUGAACUCAUGUAACUGUCACAACGGAGCCCAAUGUAGUGCCUAUGAUGGAGAGUGCAGGUGCAGCUCAGGCUGGACUGGCCUCUACUGCACGCAGCGCUGUCCCUCAGGGUUUUAUGGGCGAGACUGUGCAGAGGUGUGCCGCUGUCAAAAUGGAGCUGACUGUGAUCAUAUCACUGGCCAGUGUGCCUGUCGGACUGGCUUUAUUGGAACCAACUGUGAACAGAAGUGUCCUCCCGGGACAUUUGGCUACGGCUGUCAGCAGCUGUGUGAAUGUGUGAACAACGCCACCUGUGAUUAUGUGACCGGAACGUGCUACUGCAGCCCUGGAUACAAAGGAAUCCGCUGUGAUCAGGCUGCUUUGGUGAUGGAGGAGUUGAACCCUUACACUAAGAUCAGUCCCGCUCUGGGUUCAGAGCGCCAGUCCGCAGGUGCCGUCAUGGGCAUCAUCUUCCUGCUUCUCGUCAUCAUGGCCAUGCUCAGCUUGUUUGUUUGGUUCAGGCAGAGACAGAGAGACAAGGGUCAGGACAUGCCUAGUGUCUCUUACACCCCAGCGUUGCGUGUCACCAACACUGACUACUCCCUCUCCGAAAUGUCUCAGAGCAGCAGCAGUGGCCAGUGCUUCUCUAAUCCCAGCUACCACACUGUGGCACAGUGCAACAUACCUUCCUCCAUCACAAGCAACCUGGACGGCACUCUCACUCUUAAGAAAGGUGACAGCAGCAGUUCAGAAUGGAGAGCAUACUGCAAUCUCAAUGACCUGGGAGUAACUAGAGGAGACACACUUACACUGAGGGACAACAAAAGCACCCGUAUGGCCAAAGAUUACAUAAAGGCCUCCAUGUGCAACUCCAGCUCAUGUUCCCUGAACAGUGAAAACCCAUACGCCACUAUCCGAGAUCCGCCCGGUCUGGCCUGCAAGCACACUGAGAGCAGCUACGUGGAGAUGAAGUCCCCUGCCCACAGAGACCUGACCUUCUGCUCCAGUACCAGUACAACCCUGAGCACUUCCAGCAGGAAUGUCUAUGACGUGGAACCCACAGUGAGUGUUCUUCAGGGACCUAAUGGACUGGCGACAGGUUUCUCCCAGAGUCCUUAUGACCUCCCGCGGAACAGCCACAUUCCGAGCCACUAUGACAUCUUGCCCAUGCACCACAGCCCCAUACACACCCCUCUGCCUUCAGAGAGCCCGCCAAGUUCCCUGCUGUAGAGCCCAGCCCUCGUCAACCGAGCCUGCCUGAAGAACACAGACUGAAGACUGGCAGUUCCGGGACCUAUGUUUUUUUUUUUUUUUAAAUAUCUUUAUCUUCGUAUCUCUCUCUCAAACACACAUUCAAGUACAGAUGCAUGAGUAGAUUAUAUUGGACAUGACACAUGGGAGACUCUGUAUACCUCUUUCUGUUGAUUAGAUGAGGAUUGAGGAUACACAACAAUGUAAGAGCUCCAUUGCUGAACAGAUUUGUACACCAGCAACUCUUCAUUAGCCCUCUCAGAGACAUUUUAUAACAAGCUGUGAAUAUGACAUCAGGAAAUACAGGUCUAAAAAAGAAUUUUUUGUUUUUAGGUCUCUGAAAAUGACUUUCAGAGGGUUCCUAACAUGGAAUAGAGCAUUUGACAGUGUUUUCCAUGGAAACAUACUCAAUAUAUUCUUCAUGACUUGAGCCCUGCACACUGAAACAGAUAAUCAAUGCAACUCAAUGAUCCAGAACUUACAAUUUGGAGUUGGCAUCGAUUUGGAACUGAGAGCCAGAGGUGACCAUAUGGGGGCAGUCCCUUUUUUUGUACCCCUAAGCAAUUUAGCAUUAAGAGGGGACUUCAAGGCCUUAGAGACAAAGCAUGGUUUAAACCCAAGAAAUAAAAGUUCUUAUCAUGUAGACAAUUACCAAAAUGUACACACAGAUUCAGUAUCAAUUUGGAUGGAGUAUUGCUCAAGACUUAAAAAUAAAUUAAUAUGACAUUUGCCACUUAUAAACAAACAGAAGUAUUUAUAAAAGUUUAUAAAGAGAGCAAGGGUCAACAUGAGCUUUGGAAUACAUUACUCAUUUGUGUAUCAGCCUGGUGCUUUCUGUUGUACAUAGUUUAUGACUGUUGCUCAGUUAUUUGGGUGUGUAUGUCUUUAGAACAUGACUUUAAGUUGUGUAUCUUGAGUAACACUUCUGAGCUAUCAACUCUUUUGUUUUUCUUACUUGUAUUUAUGAUGUUUAUUUAUACCUUGUUUGUGCAAGUGAUGUUUUUCUUUAUAAUGUAAAAGUUAUACAUAUUUAAAGAGGGACAACAUUAGUAUGAAAAAAUGAUACUCAUAGUGACCAAUAAUUUUCAUGUGCUUGUGCUAUUUGUGCACAGUAUUAGUAUAUAAAGUAAACAUGAUAUUGUUAGCUCUCACGUCAAAAUGGACUCCGCAACAGAACAGACCUCAUUCAUGUCUUAAAAAAAAAAAAAAACACAAAUUGUUUGAGACGUUCCCCUUUUCUUGUGUUUCAGCAAUUUCUUUGACAAGUCCAGCUUUGCUGCUUUGAUUUGAGCUUUGUUCUAAAGUGGCUCCAUUCCCUCAUAAUAGCAAUAACAUAGUGACAGUCACUCAUAAAUAAAACAUGCAUUUCAUCAACCCUGCCAGCACUACAGAUCAAUAGUGGUUGCCCUCUAGCUUUUUUUUAUUUGUUCCAGAUUACCAAAUUGAAUACAUGUUUUUUUCAUAGUUGCUGCUUGAUGUUUUAAUAUAAAAUAAAGCUUAAGUCCUUAUUUUAGACCUCUCAAGUCAAUGAUUGUAUGUUGAUGUAAGUCCAUGAACAACACAGGUUCCCAUACUUUUUUGACCAAUUCAUUUCCAUAAUAUUUCCAGUUGUUCAGAUUACUGGAUAAAGAUUUUUAAAAACAUAUUUUGUUAGAGACUGCACUCACAAAGAGCCAUUUCUAGCCAAUGGAAUACUUUAGAGCAAAGCAUAACUACAAAAAAUAUAUUCACUAAGAGAUUUGACUUCUCCAGUCCUGAAAAUACCCAUUUUAAAAUUCCCUGAUAUUUCCAGGUUUUCCAUGACCAUGAGAACCCUGUAUAACUGCUCACUGCAUUUUUGAGCACCUCACUAUUAAUUCACUUCUACUACUCUAGAAACUACAUUCAGUCAUAAGGAACUGAAAUAAAAAAAUCCUACUGGAAAAAACAACAACAUAAAUGCAGUGGUAAAUCAGGUAAUUAAACUAUUACAUAGCAACUCUGAGCUUUUAAAGAAAGGCUACUCAGAAACUCAGAAAUUGAGCCAUAUAGGAACAGGAAUAGGAAUAGAACACAAUUUUGAAAUAACUACACAUUUUAUUUGCUCUCUUAAAUUGGAAUUACAGUGGACAGAGUAAUAGUAUAAUCAUAACAAUACAAAAUAAAAUCACAGUACAGUGCAGACAAAAGAAAUAAGGUUUUUGAGGCAAUACGUGAAAAACGUGACAGUCAAAAAAGUAAUAUCCAGGAAAUCUUACUAGGUCACACCAGCUUUAUGCAGUGCAUGGGCAGGCCAUCGUUGUGCCAUCUGUAUGCUCACAUCAUUGGCACUGGCCCCCAUUAGCACCAGAGACCCUUGCCUCUAAAGAACAGUCAUACAAUCAGAGUCAGGGUCAUAAAUGUGGUAAGCCCCCAACACUAUACAGAAACUGACCCAAACACUUGUGUAUCACAACAUCUUUACCAUUUGAUGCUGAUAAGUACUGUAAUACCUCAACAUGCUGCUAUCAUUAUAAGUUCUAGAGUUUUACCUUCUAGGAUAUAGGUGACUUGCUGAAAACAUAACAUUAUUCACAUGCACCUGUGCAGCAAUGUCGAUCCAUUCUAUUCUGUAUCGUCCUGUGAUUACAUUACAUGGGUUUGAACACCAGCUACUGCUGUUAGAAGGGCUUUCAAUUCCAUCUGGAAUGUGUGCUGACACUAUUGAGAAUUCUCUUGGUGAACUCUGUUGUUUUACCUGGGGCUAAGGUAUAAUUAAAGUCAAAGUGAUCGAUACCAAAAUGAAAAAAAAAGUAAAUUACUUUAGGGUUGCAGACUAAAUGCUGAGGUCUACAGUAUUUUUCCACUCUGCGGUCAUCCGCGACCAUUAUAUAACAUGCAUUAUUAGUUCAGUCUUUACUGAUAUUUUGUGUCACACGGAGUAAAUUUUAUUAGACAGUCAUUAAGCAAAGACUAGCAUCACAGCUUAUGGUAGUUUCCCCAUCAGCUGAAAUCAGGACAAGACUGUUGUAGGCUAAAACACAUAAUACAUUCAUAAAUUAUCACACUGUCUUAAUGUCUGAGUCCCAUCAAUUCGCCACGACAAUUAAAAACUAAUAAACUGAAUUCGAGUGACAACCACAGAAUAAAUACAAGUUACUGGUCUUAAGAUCAUAAACUGUAGUGGGUUAAGUCAAACCGGGAAAUAUUUUACAUUCAGUGCAAUAAGAGAAUAAGUAUCCAGUCUAUUCCCUAGAGUGCUCUCAUGUGAUGUGGUUGUCAGCCGGGCAGUUAGUUUUUCCUGUUCUUACUUUAACAACAAAGUGUGACCUGCAAAAGUACGAGUUCAAGGUGGCAUUGAUGACAAUUUUACAUGUGUUUGGAAGUUGGAGGAAGUGAAAAGCUAAAACAAAGUCUCUAUUCCCUCAUUUUACACUCAAUAAGUUGUGGUAGUGUUAUUUAGUUUCAAUUGUGCCCAAGAAGAACCUGUGCCUGUUUGUAGGCAUUGAAGUACAAGCCGAAGUACUUUCCCCUCUUUUACGCUUUAAGCCGCAGAGAAAUAAUCUUUCCAUGUUAUGACAUCACUGUUUAUUAAAAACUGAAAUUUGCAGGAACAUUUCAACAAAUUCUACGACAAAUCACCAAGAUUAAAGGGACGGUUCACCCAAAAAUGAAAAUUCUAUCAUCAUUUACUCACCCAUAUGUUAUUCCAAACCCAUUUGACUUUCUUCCGUUGAACACAAAAGGAGAUUUAGGCAGAAUGCUAGCAUCAAUCACCAUUCACUUUCAUUGUAUGUACCCAAGAUGCAAUGAAAGUGAAUGGUGACUGAGGCUAACUUUCCACCAAAGAUCUCCUGUUGUGUUCCACAGAAGAAAUAAAGUCAUUCAGGUUUGGAAAAACAUGAUAGUGAGUAAAUGACAAUUUUCAUUUUUGGGUUGAACUUUCCCUUCAAGUCGAAGAAGGGGUCAGUAUUAUACUAUAUUACAGCAUAAUUACAGCACUGCAGACAUCAUGUGAUGAAGGUCUCAUUGCACUGGCAUGGAAAGCUGUAGAGGUGUAAAACCGCAGUGUUUUAAGCACAUGCAUGAAACCGGAGGUGUCCCAUGUGACGUUCCAUUAAGAAAGGCACUAAAAAAAAACUAUUCUACCUCAAAGAGGAUGCAAGAGACACACAUGAUGGUGCAGGGAAAAUAGUACAUUAGCAAUAGCUAUGGAUUGGUCUCAGGCACGGUGUACAGGAUGUCCCCUGUGCCACAAGCUUAAAGGUAUAGUUCCCCUAAAAAUGAAUAUUCACCCUCAUGUUGUUCCAAACAGCUCUUCAAGAAAGGUUAUACAGGUUUGGAACAACAUGAGGGUGAAUAAAUGACAGAUUCAUCAUUUUUGGAUAAACUAUGCCUUGAAGUCCUCUUCCAAUGGAUGGUGAAAUAAAGAAUGCAAUGUUGCUUUGUAAUCCAUGCUAGAUGCAUGAAGGAAGUGGUAUUGAGCUGCAACUGAGUUUUACAUGCAAUGGAAACCAUUGUCGUGUAUGGCUGAAGGUGAAAUCUGCAGUCUUUGGGCCCUAAUUGGUUUCUAACAUCUAAUAACAAAGACGUCAUCUCUCUACAUCACAACAUUAAAUACAGCAAUACCUCCAAUACUGCAUGUUUCUCCCAUCCACCCCAGACACAACAGCAAAAAUGGGGCUGCUACUAAAGACAUACAUGAGCAAACUUCAUACAUUUGCAAAUGAAAUUAUAUAUUAAGACAUUUCAGUGAAGAUCGGCACAAAUGAUUAUUAAAAA